AAUAGUGCAACCGUUAUUGUUGGGUCAGAUGCUGCUCUAUUUUAACACCACAGGCAUCGACAAGUUUUACGCGUACAAAUGUGCAAUGGGCAUUAUUUUAUGCUCGGCUGUUAACGUGUUCGUAGUCCAUCCUUACAUGAUGGAUAUGAUUCAUUUGGGUAUGAAGGUUCGCGUAGCCUGCUGUUCGCUGAUCUACCGCAAGACGUUGAAGCUAACUAAAACCGCGUUGGGCGAAACGACAAUCGGCCAGGCAGUUAAUCCGCUAUCUAACGACGUCGAUAUAUUCGACAUCAGUUUCAUAUUUCUCCAUUAUUUGUGGCUCGGACCAUUUGAGUUCAUCAUCAUCACAUACAUUACAUUCCAUUUGAUCGACAUCGGAAUAUCAUCUAUUUUCGGUAUCGCAUUUCUUCUGAUGUUCAUCCCUUUUCAAGUAUGGUUAGGCAAGAAUUCGUCAGAGCUGAAAUUAAGAACUGCUGUCAGGACAGAUGAGAGGGUACGAUUAAUGAACGAGAUUAUUAGUGGAAUCCAAGCCAUCAAGAUGUAUACCUGGGAGAAUUUUUUCACCUCGCUCAUAGAAAAAGCAAGAAAGAAAGAAGUUAAUAUCAUUCAAUGGGCGUCAUGCGUCAGAGGUAUCGUACAGUCUUUCAUCGUCUUUAUGACAAGAAUAUUGUUGUUCAUUACGAUACUGUCUUAUAUUCUGUUUGGCUACAAGAUAACGGCCGAGAAGGUAUACGUGAUAACUGCCAAUUAUAACAGUUUAAGCUUAAUCAUGACUGCCUACUUUCCGUACGGGAUAAGAGGGGCAGCGGAAAUGAUUGUAACCGUAAAACGGCUAAAAAAGUUCUUGAUGUGUGACGAAUUGAUAUCUUCUAAGAUCGAAACGAAGAAGAACAGCAAGGAGAACAACAAAGAUGCGAAGAAUAACAAGGAGAGCGUAAAAGAGAAUAAUAAAAUAAACGCAAAUCAGAAGGAGGAAAAUGCAAAGGAAGAUUUGACUGAACAAAAUAAAAAGGACUACACCAUCGUAGACCAGCCGAAGUGUGUCGAGUACAGCAUUUCAAUCAAGAAUGGCAGCGCCAAGUGGCAGGACUAUGAACGGGAAAACACCUUGCAUAAUAUAAACAUAAAUGUGCGUCCUAAUGAACUAAUUGCUAUUGUCGGCCAGGUCGGUGCGGGCAAGAGCAGCCUGAUGAACGUCAUCUUGAAAGAACUGCGUUUGCACAAAGGUUUUAUUCAAAUUAACGACAAAAUUGCCUAUGCCAGUCAAGAACCGUGGCUGUUUGCCGGAUCGGUGAGACAGAAUAUUUUAUUUGGACGAAAUAUGGAGCAGGUUCGAUACAAUCAUGUGAUUGAAGUGUGUCAGUUAAAGAGAGAUUUCAGUCUGCUGCCUUAUGGUGAUAAAACAAUCAUAGGCGAGAGAGGUAUCAGUCUUUCCGGUGGCCAGCGGGCAAGAAUAAACUUAGCGAGAGCCGUUUAUGCCGACGCUGACAUAUACCUCAUGGACGAUCCUUUGAGCGCCGUAGAUGCCCAUGUGGGCAAGUGUAUGUUUGAAAAAUGCAUCAACAAAUAUCUAGGAAACAAGACUCGGAUUCUUGUGACUCAUCAAUUGCAAUACUUACGCAACGUCGAUAGAAUUAUUGUUUUGAAGAACGGAACUAUUCAGGCUGAAGG